CUCCGAGUCACCAUCCGCUCUUCUCCCCGGGUCUUGUCAGCACUGACGUUCAUUCCCUCGCCUACCUAGUCAUUAUCAACCGUGUCGGCGACCGGCUAAUUUACUGCAAGCUCGCUAUCGCCUGCGUUGUGUACCAAAUACUUGUACGCUUCAGGGUUGGCGCUUUGCCAAGCUCCUUUCCUCGAGGCUGCACGAUUGCGCUGUCCGCCUGCAGCAACCAGCAACUCUUCGACAACAGACCUUGCAAUCCUACUCGGCCACAGUAGGCCGUGUUGAAAUGCCAAAGCACGCCUUACACUAUGACAGAACCGAAAAUGCAACUGGAGGAUUGGCUAGAUGACUUGUGCGUCCGCUUCAUUAUAAACCUGCCUCGUGAAGAAUUGGAAUCGGUUGAGCGGAUAUGCUUCCAAGUUGAGGAGGCACAAUGGUUCUACGAGGAUUUUAUCCGGCCUCUCGAUCCGGCCUUGCCGUCGCUCUCCCUUAAGGCGUUCGCCUUGCGAAUCUUUCAGCACUGUCCGCUCAUGGCAAAUUGGUCUCAAUAUCACCACAUGACAGCGUUCUCCGAGUUCCUGGCCUACAAGACCCGGGUGCCUGUUCGUGGAGCUAUCAUGUUGAAUCGUGAGAUGGAUCAAGUCGUCCUCGUCAAAGGCUGGAAGAAGGGCGCCAACUGGAGCUUUCCCCGUGGAAAAAUCAACAAGGACGAGAAGGAUCUCGACUGUGCCAUCCGUGAAGUCUACGAGGAAACUGGCUACGAUGUUCGUGAAGCCGGAUUGGUCAAGAAUGAUGAGGAAGUCAAGUUCAUCGAAAUCACCAUGCGCGAACAGCAUAUGAGGCUGUACGUUUUCAGAGGCGUACCUCAGGACGCUUACUUUGAACCCCGUACACGAAAGGAAAUCAGCAAGAUCGAAUGGUGGAAGCUAUCUGAUCUGCCGACUUUGAAGAAAAGCAAGCAGUGUGAGGGGCAGGCAGCCCCCAAUGCCAACAAGUUCUAUAUGGUUGCUCCUUUUCUGCACCCGCUCAAGAAAUGGAUUGCGCAGCAGAAGAAACUCGAUCCCAAGGCACACCUCGACGUUAAGGAGAUUCUGAACGAUGGGGAUGUUUCUAUGGACGAGGGUCUUCAGACGUCGAACUUAGGGUAUAUGCCCAACCAAGUGCCUAAAGAGCUGGCUGUUCCAAGCGAUUUGCCAGAAGUGGCAGUCCCCCACGAUGCAUCCACGCACCUUAAACGCCUUCUCAACAUCAACAAUGGCCUCCCUGCUCAGGAGCCUGUCAAUUUGUUCAGUGCUGACCCUAACUCCUCAAAGUCUAAUGCGCUUUUGGAACUCCUUAGAAGUGGUUCUUCCCCGAAUCCUACUCCGCAGGCCGCUAGGGAUGAACAAGGACCGCAACCAUCUGGCUUCUUCCCGGGCUUUCCUCAGCAACAUGUCGGACCCCCACGGCCCCCAGGAGCUUUACCGCAAGGUCCAUCUCCAUACCGGGGUCCUUCUCACGGCCCAUUUCCUACAGGAAAUCAUCCUAUACCGGGCCCACAACCCCUUCCCGGGUAUCCGGGACCUCGCCACCAAGGCCCUUCCAAUACUUACCCAGGCCCGCCCAACCUACCUCGGCAACACCCUUCUCAACCAAGGCCGUUACCACCAGUAUUCCCCCCGCUUCAUGGGCAAGGUCCUGUGCCGGCACCGUAUCAACGAACAGGAGACCCCCAGUUCUCGCACUCAGCUCAACCGCCUCAAAGUCAAGCUGCUGUACCUCCUGCAAGCAAGCUGCCACCGCCGAAGCUUACCAGCCAUUCUUUAGCAUUACUGAGUGUCUUUAAAGAUGACAAGAAGCAAACCCCCCAGAUGUCGACUGCAAAAUUGGCACCGCGACCGGAGCCGUCCCCAAGGAGUGAGCGCAAGCCGUCGGCCCAUCAAGACCAAUUGUUGAGUUUGCUGAAAGGGUCUCCGGCACCGAGUGGCUCACGACCGGCUGAGUUAUCGGCGUACCCAUCAUCGCCUGCGCAGAAACAGAUUCUGCAACGGCCUAAUGUGGACUCAAAUCCUCCUCAACCUCAACAAAUAGUCAAAGGUGCUUGGACAUCCGCAACAGUAUCUGGUCCCCUAAAUACUCCCCAGUUCGAAGCAAUCCAAAAAUCGUCGACUAGGAAGGCGCAUGACUCAAGACGUCAAGUCAGCCGAGACAGCCGAGAACGACAGACGCAGCCUUUGGCUUCACCUAUAACGAUUUUGCCUAGACCGCAGGGUGCCCGGAGGGAACAACCGCCUGCUCCAGCGCCAGCGCCCCCUCCUCAACCUUCCAUCAAGCCUCGGCCUGUCAAAGCGAAGUCUCCAGAGCCUCCCAAGACGUUUCAGCCACAGAUUCUACGUCGCUCUGAUAAAGCGGACAUUCACAGCAUAUUACCUGUACGGACGAAAGACACAGAAGUUCCCAGCACGCCAGAUGAUAUUACUGGACCUGAUCUUAAGACUGCUCCAUCUCCUCAACCUGAACCAUUCCGGCGGCCAAGCCAGACGGCCGCACAAAGAGAGACGCUUCUAUCCCUGUUCGGGAAACCUGUCACUUCUCCAAAAGCGCCGACCGCGGGGCAACUAAACCUGCAGACCGCCGUCCCUAAGCCUUCCGUUACACCGUCUGUCGUCAGUCCCCUCACACCACUCCACCACCAUGCUGGGAAUGAGAUGUCGAUGGAAGACGGAUCGUCCAACACAAACCGGGUUGCAACCCCUGCUAAUAAAGCAUUCUUACUUGGCUUUUUGGAAGGAGUUGCUAAAGGCAGCAAAUAAGGUGCUGCCGCUGGGUGUUUUUGAGCAAUACAGUCUCUGCUGUAUCUUAGCCUUAGCAUGAAUAUAGUCAGAUCCACCAGGCGCUUGGUUUAUCAUAGAUCUGAAUACUCUAGAAACAGAUACUGGCUCGAGUAAUGUUCAAAGAGACAAUGUUCCGGCAGAGUAUUAAAUUCCUUUCAAUGCCGUGCAUAGAUCAUAGAAAGAUGAUAUAGUAAGAACCAUAGUAGAGACCAUCGAGACCUCAUUUGAUCGCUUUGCGAUACCCACAACCCAACCUUGAGAUGAUGCGAAAUCGCCAUAAAAUCACACUGAAUUCUUCGCGCUGCUGACUUUAGUGUCCGCGAAACAAAGUUGAGGAAUUCUGAGGGAUGGUGGAGGUGCCUUCAUUUUCGCUAGAGUGAUGUGUGUGAGCUAGCAGGAAACAUCCAGUCAAUCGAGAGCCUGCUGGUUCGCACCGACAAGCUCAGUGAACAAGGCAGGUAUGCCUUCUCAUCGAAGUCUGGACUUCCAGGUCUGUGCCUAGAUUUAGCUAACAGGCUAUGGUUACUCUUAACCAAUGGGCUGGCCCUGCAUAGUAGGCCCUGAUAACGAUAUAUCGGGGACGGGGGCGCGAAAUUACUCGCAUUUGCCCGAACUAAUGGUAUUGCGCGUCGAUUUAGACUUCAGACGCAUUAAGACAAUUUGUAAACCGUCCUAUUUGAGAGUAGUAAACAUGUUUCGAUGAAUGUUAG